UAUGCGUAUGUUAAGAAAGUCAUCCGUAUAUUCUCCGAAAGCAAGGAAGGAUGAAAAGGAAAAGCUUGAGCGUGAAAAUGAAAAGCUUGAGCGUGAAAAUGAAGAAUAUAAACGGCAAAUUGCCAUUGAUGAUGCAAAUCGUAGGCGCGAGGAAGAAGAGCGUAAACAGCAAAUUGUCAUUAAAGAGGAAGAGCGCAUGCUGCAUGAAAAGGAGAAGCGUGAGCGUGAAAAUGAAGAGCAUAAACGGCAAAUUGCCAUUGAUGAUGCAAAUCGUAAGCGCGAGGAAGAAAAGAUGAAGCACAAGGAAGAUAUGGAGAGAAGGGACAAGACAAUUGCUAUAGCCGAGUUGAAGCUACAGAGAGAAAUUGAAAAUGGCCGCAACAAUGAAACUGUAAUGCGAGAAUUCGGCAAUCUUUACGAGAAACAUAGCAAUUAUUGUGAUGAAGCGGGGUUGCCAGCAAGUGAAGCAGUGGAGAGUUUUGGAAGUAUUUUCGGUGUCCUCAUGGAAAAAUUAAAAUUCAAUUCUGACGACCUUGCGGAAUAAUUGCCUGCACGGAUCACAACAUAUGACACUCAUGCUGCGACAGAAAUAUUAAAAAUAUUUUUAUAAUUCAGUUGACGAUUUAUUUAGUAAAUAUAAC